UACAGAUGCCAGGCUGGUACCGGUCGCUGCAUCGUCGACAAGGCCCAUCGGAAUCAGUGUCAGGCCUGCCGGCUCAAGAAGUGCCUUCAAAUGGGAAUGAACAAGGAUGCCGUGCAAAAUGAACGUCAACCACGAAACACCGCCACCAUUCGGCCAGAGACACUGCGGGAGAUGGAGCAUGGAAGGGCCUUGCGUGAGGCAGCCGUGGCCGUGGGCGUUUUUGGACCACCCGUUUUAUUGUCGCCGCCUUGCUAUGGACCUGCUUUACUGCCGCCACCAUCUCUUUCUGGCCUGCCAACAGGACGUCUAUUACAUCACAAUCACCUGGCGGCCGCCACCUCAAUGCAAUUGUCCUCGGGCAUGAAUCAGAAUCCUGGCGGUCCUGGUGGUUUUCCCAUGUUCAACAACAAUCACCUCUACCACUCUGCAGCCAACAACAACAGCCAUGCGAAUAGUGUUACCACCAAAGAUAGACGUUAUCUUGAUCUCUCAUCGAGUGGCGGUACCAUAUCGUCCUCGUCCAACUCGUCAAGCAGCAAUUCCAUAGAUCCCUGUUCGCCACCACCCGAAAAUGGUAAUAAUGAGAACAACAACAACAAAAAGGAGGUCAUCAGUGGUGGUAGUGUGUCGUCCAUAAGUUCCGCCAGUCCCAUAAUGGAUAAUGAUGACGACUCCAUUGAUGUCACCAAUGAGGACGAUGACCCUGAACCGAUGGCAAAUGGUGACAAAUCCUUGAUGCAAUUUGACAUAGCCCAAAUCAUGUCCUCCAAUCUCUAUGUCCAACAACAUGAAACGGUCUAUGAGACCAGUGCUCGACUUCUUUUCAUGGCAGUGAAAUGGGCCAAAAAUCUGCCCAGUUUUGCAGGACUUUCGUUUAGGGAUCAGGUCAUAUUACUGGAAGAAUCCUGGUCGGAUUUAUUCCUGCUGAAUGCCAUCCAAUGGUGUCUGCCGCUGGAUGUGGCCAAUUGCCACCUGUUUUCGGUAACGGAACAUUGUAACAAUCAUGAGGCUUCAUCCAAUGGCAGUGGGAAUAAUAAUUGUAUGACCAAGGAAGAGAUUGCCUCCGAUGUUCGCACGCUAUAUGAGAUUUUCUGCAAAUUCAAGGCAGUCAUUGUUGAUCCCGCCGAAUUUGCGUGCCUUAAGGCCAUUGUGCUAUUUCGGCCAGAGACAAGGGGUCUCAAGGAGCCGGCACAAAUUGAAAAUUUACAAGAUCAGGCACAUGUUAUGUUGGCACAGCACACCAAAUCGCAGUUUACCGCGCAAGUGGCCCGCUUUGGACGUUUACUGUUAAUGUUGCCACUGCUGCGAGCAAUCAAUUCACAUAAAAUCGAACUGAUUUAUUUUCAAAGGACCAUUGGUAAUACACCGAUGGAAAAGGUCCUUUGCGAUAUGUAUAAAAAUUAAUU